AUGCGCGACGCAUACUUUACUAGCGUGUCUGGAUAUUGCGCUCUUACUAGUCCAGAUAGCAUCAGGGCUACGUUGCGCGACCUCGCUAUUCAAGCCCAAUCCACUCAAGCUUGGUUACAUGAGGCGUACAAAGUUCUCGUCGAAGGGGAGGAAGAGCAAACUACGACGAAGCCCAGUCCAACAUACAAGCUGUUGAUGUAUCGAAGCCGGAACAACGUUGAAGACGUAGCCGACUUCCGAAGACCGGACAGUCUCGUGUACAGAAAUAUGGCUGGGUCGGAAUACCCGCUAGGUGAUUGGUUAGGAGUCGCGCUUGCACUCCUAAGCAACGGGCAUGGUCCUUGUGACUGGGCAGAAUCGAACGCUGUCUUGUAUACAUCGCACAUAUGGGGCCGUUUCUUGUAUCCAGACUGUGGCUCGCCGAGGGUAUCGGCGAUUGCCUAUGUGGAGAAAGAUGAUCUGCAAUUUGAGACACCCUUGGCAAGCAUCACCAUCCCCCUUACGAAGCUGGAACAAUUGGCCAUUACCCGCUUGCGCAACAUAAUCCAGAACAUACUGUUCCGGCAGAUGACGACUUUACAACCACUGAUCCCAAAACCCAGAAGAUGGAUGGAUGUUACAGAACAAAUACCAGAAGCGGCUUACGGUGCAAAAUCCGCCCAACUCCUCCUACGACAAGCUUGUUUGAGAAAAUUGAUGUCGGAUGCUGAUGCCCGGAGAAUCGAGGGCUGCAUCAAGGUCACCGAGCAAACGGGCAUGCUCAUGGGUACAGAAGUUCAUGGCCGUGCGCCUUGGUGUCAAUGCGCUGAGUAUGGGAUCAUCGCACAUUUGCUCUGGUAG